AGAUCUAAUUGUCUUUUAAUUGUAUCAAACGUUUAGAUAAUUGUAUUUCUGGCGAAAAUGAUCAACAAUUGAAUGAACGCAAAAUGAAUUCAUGGCUUAAGAUCGAUGGCAUGACAUGUAAUUCAUGUGUCCAUAACAUCGAGACAACGGUUCACACCAUCGAUGGUGUACUUAAUAUAGAGAUCUAUUUAGAAGAUGGCAAAGCCUUCCUCACGUACGACCCGACCCUCACUUCGGAUCAGAUUAUCGCCAAACGUAUCGAUGAUAUGGGCUUUGACUGCAGUGUCGACGACACUGUCGACCACCACUCAAACGACUUAAUUGAAGCCAAGGAUCAAAUGUUAAGCGCGUGGCUCGAGAUCUUAGGCAUGACGUGCAUGUCUUGCGUGAAUAAUAUCAAAUCAGUGGUUCAGCCCAUGAGUGGUGUCCAUAGUAUCGAAAUCUAUUUGAAAGACAACGAAGCGUUUGUUCAGUUUGACCGCCAAUUAGUGUCGGCCCAAGAGAUAGCCAAACGUAUCGACGACAUGGGCUUUGACUGUAAAGUGAUGGACAACAGACACGAGACUCGACGAGACAGUGAACUCAACAGUCUCUUCGCCGUUCAAACGCCGAUCGCUGAGUCGCCCAAAAGAGUAGUCAAUAAUAGCGUCGAUCAUAUGGUUUACAAACGACCCGAUAGUGUGUCGAAACUGAAAUAUUCGGACACAAUUGCCGUCGAUUUGACCGAUUUGGAGAAGUGUGUGCUCAACGUGUCGGGCAUGACCUGCGCCUCGUGUGUGGCCAACAUUGAGCGCAAUUUAGGCAAAGUGGAGGGCAUUCACGGCGUUUUGGUGGCCCUCUUGAGCCAA